GCAUGGGCAAAUUUGGUGUCGCUGUCGCGCACCCUCCUCGUCGAAGCAGCGAAGCUCAGAGCCAGGAAGUUCACUUGGCAUUAAGUCUUCUUGAGCGUCCGACGGGUAAAGGAGAUCGAGCAGGCAGUCUCCCUACCGUGUAGUGCUGGCACGAAUGUGCACUUCCUGGAGUGUCGUCGUCAGCCCAGAUCCUAACUCUUCAGCAUCACACCAAGAGCGACACGACCGGUAGGUCUGCUUAGUGUGGCUCCUCGUAGACCGCGCUAGGCUAGAUCACACUGUCCAGUAUCUAGUCAUGGCGCCUCUAGCGACGGCUUCGCAGGUCAAUCUCCUGAUCUACCAUUACUUGAAGGAAGCAGGCUUCAUGCACUCUUGCUUUUCGCUGCGGCACGAAGCUAGGCUCGACGACGCACCCGGUGCCAAUGACGCCAUUGUCGAGCCGGGAACACUGCUGCGCUACCUGCAAAAGGGGCUCCUUUAUGCUGCUGUUGAGGCGCACGUCAGAGAGGAUGGUACUGAGGAGCCCUGCAGUGCGCCAUUCGAGCUCAUCGGCCCACCUCAUGUUUGCGAUGGCAAGCCGAGGUUAGCUCCGCCACCUGCAACACGGCUGACUCCGACUCCGGAACCAGAGGAUACUGCUAAACGGGAGGCUGGCGCUCAAACGUCCCACUUGCCAGCUUUACCUCGAUCCCGUUCGAACAGCCGGGCGCCGGUAACACGCAUCAAUGGUUUGCACGCUUCAGAUGACAGGAGCUCCAAGGAAGCAUCAACGAGCAGGAACCGGUUGGACCUUGAUGACAGAGGCGCGUCAACAGCGGUUUCGCCAGCGAAGCGAAAAGGUGCAGCGACGUCGACCACAGCUGCGCACGACGAGAAGCGAGCGCGGGGUGCUGACCGCAACGUGGAAGGCUUCAAUGGCCGAGCUGGCGCUCAUGACGAGUCAGACGAGGACGAUAACGCAUCUGCAUCGCGGGGUCGAAAUGGCAAGUCUGCAACGCCGAGCGCGAAGGCGUCCAGUGGCAAAUCAAAGUCGAAGAAGUCCGAGGACGCUAGUCGGAAUGGCAAGGAAAGCGGUCACUCGUCGAAGGCGGCCUCAACCAAGUCCGCCAAGCGCAACAAGGUCCCACCGCUUAGCGAGGAAUUGAAAGCCAAGGAGGUGUCACGGACGCACGUCUGGCGACUCGCUGGGCACACAGCCGAGACCCAAAUAAGUGCGUGGAAUCCAGCAGUGCCUAGCCUGCUUGCUUCGGGGGCUGGAGAUGCGACAGUGAGGAUAUGGGACCUAGCUUCACUAGGUGACUCUCCCGAAGGCGAAUCGAAUGACGAGCGAGCUGUCACACCGAUAGUGUGCAAACAUCUACCGCCGACGCACGCCAAGAAUAUCGCCGCAUUGGAGUGGAACCCCGACGGCACCCUUUUGGCAUCUGGAUCUUACGACGGCAUUCUGCGAUUGUGGACCCCGCAAGGCGACCUGCAUCUGGUGAUGUCAAUGCAUCAAGGGCCCAUCUUCGUUGUGCGGUGGAAUCGGCGCGGCAACUACGUGCUGACCGGCUCCUCUGACGGCACUGCGAUUGUAUGGGAUGUUGGCACAGGAAAGCCCCGUCAACAAUUCAGCACGCAUUCAGAUGGGUGUCUCGAUGUCGAUUGGUUGUGCGGGCCGCGGUGGGAUCCCGCUGCGAUCGGUGCGCCAGCUGGGUCCAGUCCAUCAAUCGAGGCGGAGAACACCAUCGCGACAGCAAGUGCCGACAACAGCAUCAACAUCGUCCGCGUGGGCGAGCAGAGGCCACUCAGGACACUCCGCGGGCACGCUGACGAGGUUAAUUUUGUGCAGUUUGACCCGACCGGCACGUUGCUUGCAAGUGCCUCAGACGACAACACGUGUCGGAUCUGGUCGCUCGAUAAGAUUCUUGGCCACGGCUAUGCUGGCUCGAACGGUUAUAGCGCAUCUUCUGUGCCAGAAACGGCCGAGGUCAUGGACGCUUCAGAUUCCAAUGGGCAAAUUGGCGAUGACGCCGAAGAUGCUGACGCCGCAGAGCGAGGAGCAGGCGCAAGCGGCUCCUCUGCUACUCGGCACGUUCUGCGAGGCCACACUGGGGAGUUGCAUGCGGCGGUCUGGGUGCCGCACUUUGCGGGCUCUGGCAGACCGAGAAUGCUUGCUACCAGCUCUUGCGACAGCACCGUCAGACUUUGGAAUGCCGAGGACGGCAGCUGCAUCCGAAUCCUUGACUCCCACAGCGACAGCAUCUACAAUCCCGAAUUUAGUCCAGACGCUAGGUUCAUGGCUACCGGUGGCAUCGACGGUCGCGUGUUUAUCACUCGCAUUUCUGACGGCGUCAUUGUCAAAGCCCAUGCCGCUUCUGGGGGCAUCUGUCACGUUGCGUGGCGGUCAGAACUCGCUAAGCCAGCCAUCGAUGGCCCCGCUGCCCCCCACAAGCGCUCAGCAAGCGAUGCGCUAUUAGGUGGCAAGACGGCACCUAAUGGCUCAGGGCCCCACAGCCGCGCCAAGAGCACAGAAGUCACUGGUACUGCCCUCAAGGCUGAGAAUGCGGACGAGAUGAUGGAGGAUGCCCAGGAUGCGGUUAGCAUUGCUCCAGCUUAUCGAUCGCACAAGAUCGCUCUGUCUCAGGGAGACAAGACUGUGGUCGUGCUGGACCUUAAGGACCUCUGCAAUGAGGACCCAGACGAAAACUACAAUCACAUCGUCUCCGAUCCUGCCUUCCAGUCCUGACGCGCCUUUCCCGCCAUCAUUUGUGCGGCGGGCGCCACCUCAUUCACGCUGCACACCUCAUUUUGCCUCUCUGACGCGGCACUGCGCUGCCACGUUUGGGCAUUCAAAAAUCUCGAGAAGCCGGCU